UCUACAACUGUAUGAGGAUUUGUCGCCUGGGGUUUUGCAUGGCUGAAUGGACUUGAGUGCAGCUGGAUACUACCUAACCUUGGGCUCUUUUAACUUUUAGUUUGCUCUUUUUGGAGACCUUUUGUCGCUUAUGGACUUAAUGCGUUUUGAUUUAAUGUGAGACUGAGAGGGGAGCCGUGGAAGUAAGGCACAAUAUAAUCUCUAUUGAUUUACGUUGUCGCCAUGUCCAUGCUUCCGACGUUUGGUUUUACGCAGGAACAAGUUGCGUGUGUUUGCGAAGUCCUCCAACAAGGGGGGAACAUCGAGCGGCUGGGUCGCUUCCUCUGGUCCCUCCCGGCGUGCGAACAUCUCCACAAAAAUGAGAGCGUCCUCAAAGCGAAAGCCGUGGUCGCUUUCCACCGGGGGAACUUCCGAGAGCUCUACAAGAUCCUGGAGAGCCACCAGUUCUCGCCGCACAACCACCCGAAGCUGCAGCAGCUGUGGCUCAAAGCGCACUACAUCGAGGCGGAGAAGCUGAGAGGCCGCCCGCUCGGCGCGGUGGGGAAGUACCGCGUCCGGAGAAAGUUCCCCCUGCCCCGCUCCAUCUGGGACGGAGAGGAGACGAGCUACUGCUUCAAGGAGAAGAGCCGGAGCGUCCUGCGGGAGUGGUACACCCACAACCCGUACCCGUCUCCGCGGGAGAAAAGAGAGCUGGCCGAGGCCACGGGACUCACCACCACGCAGGUCAGCAACUGGUUCAAAAACCGACGGCAGCGAGACCGAGCAGCGGAGGCAAAGGAAAGAGAAAACAACGAGAACUCCAACAGCAAUAGUCACAACCCAUUGACUUCUUCCAUGAAUGGAAAUAAAUCUCUACUGGGGAGCUCGGACGACGAUAAAACACCUUCGGGGACCCCGGAUCACACGUCCUCGAGCCCGGCUCUGCUCCUCGGCUCUAACCCCGGUUUACAGUCCCUGCACGGCCUCGCGCCCCCGCCAGGACCGAGCGCCAUCCCGGUACCCAGCGGUGCAGACUCGGUGCACCAUCACCACUCAUUGCACCACGACACCAUACUGAACCCUAUGUCUUCUAAUCUAGUGGACCUUGGCUCUUAAAAAAACGGCACAGAAGGGGGACAGAGCACCAUUUUUUUAAAGUUAUGACGAGGUGGCGUGAGGCAAAGCUUCAAGCAUUGCGGCAGAAAGACUGGAACACUGCGAAAACAGCCACCGUAACAAAUCAUUUAGUCUCAUAUUCAACCUUUAAAGUCUUUUUAAACAAGUGGGGUGCACUUAUUCCCAAAUUAAACUUCCGCUUGUUUCAGGGAUUUUCUAGAAACAAGUGUAGGCCAAAAGGCAGAGCACUUAACAAAAUAAAGGUUGCAUUUAUUGGCAUAUUUUCUUUUUGAAGAAAAUGUUCGAGAUAUUAUUAUAUUUGAGAUUAUUUGACUUGUUAAGACGGAUAUUUUUUUUGCAGUGCUGGUGCAGACAAAAGGUGAGGCGGAUCUAGGUCAUUUUAGGUAAAAAGAAAGAAAAGAAAAGAAAAAAAGUAUUUUACCGGAAUGUAAUAACGUAACAUGAUAUAUUGUUGAAAACAAUAACAAUAAAAUGUCUUAAUUCUUGUUACUAUUACCGUUGUUAUUUUAGGGGUUUAGAUAUAUCAGCAGACUCUAUUGGCACCAAGUUAAAGGUACCCCAUCGCCUUUUUGUUUACAACAGAGCCAUACGCAGUUUUCUUCUUCUUCUUUUUGAGGGGGGUUGGGGGAUGAUGGGGUCUGAUAUUCUCAAGUGUCUUAUAAGAGCCGUGAUAAGAUGAAAUAUCUUAAUCUCUUGAUAUUAUUAUUAUCAUUUUCAUUUGGAAAGAGACUGCAUGUAAACUUUGCGAUAAAUGAUGAAACAUAAAACGAUUCACCUAUAGUUUCAUAUACCCUUUACAAUAAAAGAAAAAGAAAUUUUACCAAAAAA